AUGCCGGACAAGAGAUUAAACUCCCCGUCCAAAAACGGUGAUUCGAUCGAGAAAAAACAAAGAAAGUUGCCCGUUGAUUGUCAGCGAUCCAACGCCAUGUCUUCGCCAGCCGGCCCCGGCAGCUCCCGAGUGAGUGACGCGGCCGCUGCGGCCCCUGUUUGGUUCAUAGAAUAUGAGAGGCGUUUGGAUUCAAAGUUUGAUGACCUGCAUAAGAGACUGGAUUUUCAUGAAGCUGCUUGUGAAGAAAAGUUCCAACAUCUGGAAAAGGAAUUGGCUGCAGCUUUUGAUAAGAUUGACGACCUUGAGAAUAGAUCUCGAAGAAACAAUCUAAUCUUUUUCAACUUCCCUGAAGGUGAGGAGCCUGAUUCUGCCAGUGGAUGCAGUGAGUUGAUUUCAUCUUUUUUGGCCUCUAUUGACAAGAAUCUUGAGCAUGUUCAGAUCGAGAGGGCUCACCGCACGCCGCCAGGUCCACUAUCAUCUCGUGGACAUCCCCAGAAUGGCAGCCAGUACAAGCCGAAGGAUCGUCCAAUUCAUGUUUGCUUCAGUUCGUUUCAAGAUCGAGUGAGGGUCCGGAAGGCAUGUGUUGCUGCGUUCAAGGAGGGGUUCAAGUUCAAAGAGAGAUCAAAGUUGUAUGUUGCAGAGGAUUUCAGUCAUCGCGUUCAGGCUCGCCGUAAAUCUCUCCUGCCUGAGUUAAAGAUGUUGCAGCAACAAGGAAAGCGAGCAUUCUUUGUAUACCCUGCGACAAUUAAGUAUGUCCAAGAUCACCAGCUGAAGGUUCACAAGCCAGGUGUUUGAAUUGCAUCUGUAGUACAUCAUAACAACACUGUGAUUAUCAUAGUGGCUGUCUCGUACAAACCGUCUGACUUUCACAGAAAACUUUUAUAUUUUACAAG